CUUUCCCUCCCUCGGAGAUGAAUCGGGGCGGUCGCGUAGAACCGACGCCGCCGGAGUGCGCGCUGGCGGCGGAGAUGUUCGACCACUUCUGCUCAGCUGGCACCAUGAAGCAGAUAUUGGCGCUGCACCGCGAGAUAUGCAACACACUGAACUUGAAGCCCAAUAGACUGCCAGACUUCUACCCUAAACUCAAGACGAAGCUGGCAAGUUCAUGGAAGGCUCAAGCACUGUUCAAAAAAUUUGACGCGCGCGCGAAUCACAAGGUGUACAGCAAAGGGCGCGCGAGCACAGGGAGCAAAGUUCUUAUCAUUGGAGCCGGACCCUGCGGAUUGCGAGCUGCUAUUGAGUGCCAGUUGCUAGGUGCCAAAGUGGUGGUAAUAGAGAAGCGCGACCGUAUGUCGCGAAACAACGUACUGCACCUGUGGCCGUUCGUGAUCCAGGAUCUGCGCGCGCUCGGCGCCAAGAAGUUCUUCGGCAAGUUUUGCGCCGGCGCCAUUGAUCAUAUCAGCAUCAGGCAGUUGCAAUGCAUACUGCUCAAGGUGGCGCUACUGCUCGGCGUUGAGUUCCACGAAGGCGUUAGUUUCGAAGAAUUAUUAGAGCCAACUAUCGCAGAAAAUGGUGAAACGCUAGGUUGGCGCGCGCGCGUACUGCCUUCCGAGCAUCCAGUGUCGCAGUAUGAGUUCGACGUCCUGCUGGGUGCGGAUGGCAAGCGCAACACGCUACAGGGGUUCAAGCGAAACGAGUUUCGUGGCAAGCUCGCGAUGGCCAUCACCGCCAACUUCAUCAAUCGACACACCGAGCAGGAGGCAUCGGUGCCUGAGAUCAGCGGCGUGGCGUUCAUAUUCAACCAGAAGUUUUUCAAAGAGCUAUAUGAGGUGACGGGCAUCGAUCUCGAAAACAUCGUGUAUUACAAAGAUGAUACGCAUUAUUUCGUCAUGACAGCCAAGAAGCACAGCUUACUUUAUAAAGGUGUCCUGUUACAGGACUACGCCGAAGUGUCACGGUUGUUAAGUGUCGAGAAUGUGGAUCGCGGUGCGUUAAUGCGAUACGCCCAGGAAGCAGCGCGGUUCUCGACCGACGCGCGGCUGCCGCUGCGGGACUUUGCAUUGAAUCACUACGGUGAGCCCGACGUCGCUCUCUUCGACUUCACAUCGAUGUACGCCGCUGAAAAUGCUAGUAUGGUAUACGAGCGUCUAGGUAGACGUCUUCUCUGCGAGUUAGUGGGCGACAGUUUGCUGGAGCCCUUCUGGCCGACCGGAUCAGGGUGCGCGCGGGGGUUCCUCUCCGCACUGGACGCAGCAUGGGCCGUGCGGUCCUUCGGCAGCAGCCCCGCACCGCACCCGCUUAACGUUAUCGCUGAACGAGAGUCCAUCUACAGACUCCUAGCUCAAACGACGCCAGAGAACUUACACCGAGACUUCGGCGCGUACACGUUGGACCCGGGCACUCGCUACCCGAACCUGAACCGCGGCAAGGUUUCUCCGCACCAAGUUACCUCUUUUUACGACUCCGACGACCCUCUGCCGCUCGAUGCCGCGCCUGCAGCGAGGAAACGUCGAAGAGAAGGCGAAGUAUCAGAGGAGGCGUUGAUCUCGUGGGUAGGAUGGUCGGAAGCUGGUGUGCGCGCGGCAAGCGGCGCGGCGGCGCUCACUGCGCUUGUGCGCCGCUAUCGCCCCGAUCUACUUCCGCCUGGCACAGCGCCGCGGGCCGUUUACCACGUGCUACAACACGAGUUUGGCAUAACGCCGAUAUCUUCGACGGGCACGUUGCGUGACGUGCCGGAGGCGAAGCUGCGCGCGUACCUAGCGCGCGUCUACGCCGCUUUCAAAGGCGAGGUGCCACACGUGCAUCACGAGACUAACAUGUUCGAACAGAUCAAACAAAGUCAGCAAAAAGAGAAACACAGUCGCAAUCAGACAGAACACACGCUCUCCAUGUAUUCUAACGCAGCUGACGCUGACAAAUCGCAUUCGAGCUACAGAAAGAAGAGGCGUUCCGUCCGGCCACAAGUAAGUAGCGAUUCUGCUGAGUACAUUCGUAAAAAGAUCGGAAAAUUAGAUCUAAACGACAUCACACAGCUAGCUCGCCUCAUCGAAGGCCAUGACUCUAUUGCCGACUACGAGACGCACAUUGACAAACAAAAAGAUUUACAGGAGCAAAUUUUAGCUUUACUAGACGACGAUGAAUCCCCUGAUCCAAAAAUGCUCAGGGACUCCGUUUCGGCGAUGUUACAAGGCACCACUAAAACCAAACUGAAAGUGAAUCCAGAAGAUCAAAGUUUAAACCAGUUCUUCCAGGACAAAAUAGAACAGAAACCAGUAAGGCCUCCUAGGAAUCUAAAAGGCCUUGAUUCAUCAACUAUUAGAGUUGUGGAUUUUGACGAUUUAGACGAUUCGCCGGAUACAGACGCUACAGUCAUCAAAGCCGAGAAAAAACAGCUUAAGAAAAAAGAGCCCGUCAAAGAUAGCCUGAAGAAUCAACGCUCGACUUCUAUAGAUAAUGCAAACAAACCGUUCACACGUUCUUCGUCGACAGACACUCCUAAAACGUUCGUGAGAUGUUCGUCAAUAGAAAGUUCGAAACCCAAACCAAUGACUAGAUCAUUUUCAAUUGAUAACGGAAGAUCCAACUCGAUUGAAUCUUCAAUUGUAUUGAACACGAAGCCGAAAGCUCAAUUGUUCGAAGUUCACAAAAGUCACGAUAAAAGGUCCGUACGUGCGGGAUCUGUGCCCAAUGUAGGCGAUGUAGCCGUGCGGGCGAAAAGGAUGGCGGAAAUACUUGAGGGUAGCGGCAAACGCAGGGAGGCGCCCAGUCCGGAUAGAUCGAAGCGAACUGAUUCGAUAGGCAAUCCAGAAAUGGCUCUCCGGAGGCAGAGAGUAGUCGACUUGAUAGAGGGGAAUAAGCGUGUCGACCAAAAAACGGGAUAUAAUGUCGAGCACACACGCAACUCUAGUGAAAUGGCAUUUAGGAUGCAAAGGGUGUCCGACAUGAUGCAGAAGAAGAGAGAAGAUGCUAAGAGGGUUAAACCUGGGCGGCGCAAGGCGGCUCGGGAGAUCAUGAAGCAAAGAUUUGAACGUAGUCUGCAGAUGUUAGCGGCAGAGCCGAGGCCGGGUGUGCGCGCUGCAGACCUGACAUACGACGUCGGCCUGCAGCAGUACCGCGCCAACGCGCCGCACUUCGGCGACCGAGUGCGCAACCUCGAGAAACAACUACAGCAUUAUGAGGAGGGUCGCAUAGUGGGGGGUGGCGGACGGUCAGGGGGUGGUGGUGCGCGUGUGGCUCGACUGGCUGCAGAGCUGGCUGGCUCAAACACCAACGCUUCGCCAAGGCAGCCCACUAAACCCAAGGAUCUGAUGCGGUCGGUGGGCAAGAUCGAGCGCGACGACUGGAAUGUAAAAGAGAUUGAAAGGAAGAUCAUGGAGAAUCGACUCGGCCGGCCCGAGCCCAAGACUGCUGAGAAGGUGCCCAAGUGGGAUAGAGAACAGUUUUUGGGUCGUCAGCGACGCCUUAAACAAGGCGAAGGGGGCGACGAGAAGUGGGUAGAGAUCGACGAGACAUUGAACAAAUUUGAUCAGAAGCUGCGCGACUCCGGGCGACCCGAUCACGGCACCAAGAAGGUUGCUAAUUUAGCGAACAAAUUCGUAAAAAAAGAAGACGAGCCGUCCAAGUCUGUACCAAAAGACGAGAAGAAGAGUUGGCGCGGGCCUUCCUCAACGGGUAUGCAGUGCGCAGCCUGUGGUACACGUGUCUUCGCUGCCGAGGGCGUGGUAGCCGACGGGCUUCAUCUGCACAGAGCCUGUUUCCGCUGUGCCGUCUGUAAGGCCGUCUUAAGACCUGGCAACUACACAAUGGAGCGCUACGGCACGCGUCUUGUGUGCCUCCGGCACGGUGGGACGACGGCGCCGGACGGACUCGCAGCGCUACUAGCCGGCGCCACCCCUUACCACCCGCACCACCCGCCACCAACACCUGAACGUAUCUCACUUGAGCUGUCCGACGGCGCGCGAGAGAUUGACGAAGACGAGUGGACAGAUCGCAACUUCUUGGCAUCAGAGACAUCGUGCGCUGGUGGUCUUAGUGACGAGGAAGAGUCCAGUUCCGAAGAAUAUACAGACGCGGCAGACAGCGACGGCGAGGCGCCUCGGUCUCCUGAUUUGCCGCGUCUAGACGCGCGCCCUACACGUUCUACGCGCCCAGAUCUCUACUUUAGCGACGACUCUUUUGGAUACGACGAAUAUUCCGACGACGGUGCCGAGUCGUCUGGCAACGAAUCGUGUUCCCGCAUGCGCGCAGCUCGAGAAGCACGACGCCGCGAAGUGCCGGCGGAUGCGCGCCCGCCGACUGACAGUAGCGAGGUGGAGUCUGAAGAUGAGAGCGACUCCAGCGACGAAGAGGUGUCGUCUGCUACCGAGGUGUCCACUGACAGCGAAUUUGCACGCGAAGAGUGCGCACCCGCUCCUUCUCCCCCCGCCAUCUUGGUGACGGAGGCACCUCUCCCAGUGCCACCUCCUCCACAAGAGUACCCCCUCAGUAGGACUCGUUCCGCCGGCGGCCUUGCCACCAAACGAGCUCUCGAACUCAAACGGAGAUAUCUUCUUGGAGAAGCCUCACCCCCGGCUGUCCGAAAAUCAGACUCUACCUCGCAACUAGAUACAAAACUUGAGGCUUUCCGAUCAAAUAUUACAGAGUUCCAGAAAAUGCUCCACCCAGCACCAGCUCCAGCGCAGAUCCAGAAACCAAUUGUCACCUUUCAGUUAUCAACGGAAGAGAAAAAAGCGCCUAUGCCCGAUAUUAUUCAGAACUUAUGUGCCGAUGCGCCUGUAGAUUUGCUUACCAAAGGAGAUUCGCCGCUCUGCAAGAAAGACUGGCGAGACGGAACCAUCAAAGAAAAAGAGGGAAAAUCUGAACCUAAAGAACAGGCGGAAGUAGACCCCGAUUUAGACUCCGAUUCACUUUCCGAAGACUCCUCGCACACAGAAACUGCUCCCAACCAAUCUGUACCGAGAGUCGAAGUACACAAUGAGGGGGGCGAGUUGAUACAGUUAGAUAGUUUAAUGCUAAUAAAUAGUAGCACCGAGGACAACGAUGAGAAAGAAUCGGGUACAGGCACUGCUACCAGCACGACUGUCGUCGCCGUCGAGUCGGAGUCGUCCGAGUCGUGUCGUGACGCGACUACUCUGGCUUUAACGGAGACAGAGCUUUCGGAUUGGGCUGCGGAGAGCGCAGUUCUCGAUGAUGUCAAUUUCGAUGACGAUAAAAAGAGAAAUAAAAACCCGAGGACGCUCAGCGGGCCUAAGACAAUUCACGAUUCCAAAAACAUUUCGGCGAUAAGCAGUCAUGUGUGUGGAAGAACGAGUCCUGAACCAGUGCUUUACUCGAAUGCGCUGGAACACUUCGAGUUUGUCGACGAGGGUGAUCAGGAUCCUUCGAUAGAUACUCCGAUCACUCCCAAGAAUGAAGGGUACAUGGAGUUAGUCGACGAUUACGGUCUGUACUCACCUAGCAACGACCGUUCCAUGAAUUUCAUUGAACGCAGCUUCUCUGAAACAGUGGUAAUGCCUGCUAAUCAAGCAGCUAGUGUCACUGACCAAUCCAAUGACCAAACAGUUGUAUAUCCAGAAAUAGACAAAAGUGAACUUAGUGAAUUUAAAAUCGAGCACGUUGUUAGUGAGGAACUAAUAACUCCACAGUUGCUCAAAUCAAUAGACAGCUCUGAAUCGAGCAGCGACAAGAAAAGUGAGACUAUAGUACCCGAUGUACAUUUACCUGAAAAUGUGAGUUUGACAGAUCUGUCGCCGCCACUCGACCACAGUGAGACGAAUCCGAAGCCACCGAAAACGAUUGAUUUUGUUACCCCGCCUAUCGAAGACGUGUCCUCCCCUCCCCUAGCCCCGGAAACUCCUAUGUCUACAAUAUUGUCUACGAGUUCCACCGCAUCCAUUCAUUUUUCGUCACCCUGUUCAAUAAGGAUCUAUUCCCCUGCCAUCUGCCGAUCAGCUAGUGAGACAUUCAGCCGGUCGAUGUCGCGGAGCACGGAUUCGCCGAACCGAAGCAUCGAGAUGUCCAUCUCUUUGAACCUCAGUUCCGGUUCCAUAUCGCCGGUAUCUCCUACGCCAACUAGGGAUACUACGGAUAAGGUGCAAGAGAUAAAGCGGGAAAGGGAAGAACAGACUGAGGUCGUGAGGCGGUUGGUACUGGAAAGGCUAGGCAGCGGUCCGCGUGUGGCUAGGAAAUCAACUAGACGGACGCGGAUAUCUCCAGCAAUGAGUAUUCCACCGCCCGUACCUCCUCCACCAGCAUUGUCUUCCCCACCACCGCCGCCACCACCGCCCGAGCACACCCCGUCUCCCCCGCCACGGCCAGCACCCCCGCUCAUGCCACUGCCGGUCACACCGUCUUUUUCCGACCCUGAACUCGCUCGAGACAGGCGAAGAAAAAGUAUAAUGAAAAGCAUUUCCAACUAUUUGAACAGGCGACUUGGACCUCGGCAAAAGUGGCACUCGGAACCGGAUCUGACGUCACACGAGCCGUCGCCAUCGCAGCGUAUGAACGCGCACAAGUCGACGGGUGCGUUGCAGGAGGCACCCCCCGUGCCUCCGCCCCCCGCCGGCUACCGUCCGCCCGUAGAUACGCGCCCGCAACCUGCUAGAUUGCCAGCGACCGCUACAGCCGAGUGUUCCGGCGCAGCGGAUGUCGACGAGCGCGACGCGAUGCAGCUGUGGUUCGAAGCGAGGUGGGCCAGACUUGUCGCACAGAGGCGAGCUCGGGAUGAUUCUAACGAGCCGCACGCCCGGCGGGUCGCAAGGCUGGAGCGGAGGUUAACGAGACCGCUCUCGGCGGAGCAGCAGGCGGCGACGGUUGCUGAGCUGGUGCAGGUGUCUGCGCAGCGAGAGGCGCACCAAGCGCUCAUGGCUGCCGACAGGAGACGCAGCGGUGGCGGCGGAGUCGGUGAUUAAUUCGUAGUAGCCCGGCCUAAGAUUUCAACUGCGUCCAGGACAGCUCCUUACAGUCGGCUUAUCGCGGCUUAAUUAUUUCUCUGCAAUAUGAACACUGCUUGUGGUUAUAUGAACAAAAAAUACAGUAAAAAAUUGAAUUUGUAACUGGAUAUUGAUCUCCUAUUGGAUAAUUUUGUUAUUUUGACUACUACAGUACACUAGUACGGCAAAUGGCCCUCCAUUGUGCGUGGUUACGGUAGUUAUUUGAUAUAAUUGCUAGUUGGUAAUUGAAAAUGUCUCAAUGACAUAGGCCUAUUCAAAUUGACAGAUUGUCGCAUAAUGUCCGAAGCAAAGACUUAAAAAUGCAGAAGUAAUGCUUUGGUGUACUGCUUAUAGUUCCGUCAAUUGUUAUUAUGUACUUCCAAAGUUUGUUGCUUAUCCUUUUAUUUAUUAUUUUUUCUGCAAAAAAAGCUAUCGCGUUCUAAAUGUAGUCCAUUUCACAAAGGAUGAUUGCAGUGAUAUUUCCAAUUCUUACGUUGCAUGCAUACUAUUUCUAACUAAUCUUUCAACCAGGAUACAAAAAUAAAUAAUAAAUGUAUCGUAAUGUACCAAAAACAAACAAUAUUUGUUGCAGUUGUAAUGUUGAAUAAGAAUUACAAUAUGUUAAGUAGAAUGAAAAUGAAAUGGUAAAGAUAAAAAUAAAUCACCCAGUUACUAAUGCGUAAAACGGAAUAUGUUGUUCAUAGAGAUUUACACCACAAAAUGGAUAUCGAAUCGGCUAUUGUGUAUCUUGCGUCAAUACGAGUUUAUGUACACCUUGUAUGUUGGUCGUUUUCUUUUGAUUUCAUCUUUGCGGGACGUAUUUAGAGAAAUUUUUCAAAUUUCGUUUCCUUGCAGUUGAUUUUAUGCUGUGAUACUGAUUUUUUGUUUGGUUGUAGUUCAUUUUUUAAAUUUGUUGUGUAGUCUUUUUAGUGACUUAAUAACAACUUUUAUUUUGUUUACUAUUUAUUCUUAAAUUACUUUCUGUAAAUCGAUUCUCUUGUUACAAAUUAUCUCUAUAAGAUAUUUAAGUAUAUUUUUAUUAAUUUGAUUUUAUAUCACUACAUCUCUAGAAACUUUAAAUCUCAAACAUCACCGGAAUCAUGCGAUGAUAAAUGAUAAUUUUUGUAAAUUGUUUCUGAGUUUUGAGAGUUCUUAAUAGAGGUCAUAGUAUACAAAUUGCCGUAGGCGACGACAUUUAUUGAAGAUCCGAUCGCCCCACGUGGGUUAUAUGUGUUGGUGACUGUUAAUUCAGUCGAUCAACAUAAAUAUAAUCAGGAUAGUUUCAGGAAUGCUUUUUAUUAUUGAUUUCUCGUGAUAGCCAAUUGUACAAUUGUGAUGAACAAACAGAACCGUUACGUAAUAAAAAUUUCAAAUCGCAUGUCGAAUUUCUUGUAGAAACGCUGUAUCAACAGUAGCCAAUGUGCUAUUUUAUUUUAUGACUAAAAAUGAUUAACACAUAACAUUGAAAUAACAAGCGCUUUACAUGUAUUGUCAAUACCGAAAUAUAUACUUAAGAAUAUUUUUCUACACUAACAAACAUAUGCACCUUGAGAGGCAUCGUAAGAGGGACGGGAGAGGGGCAAACAUUAAUUAUGAUUUAUCCUGAAAUUACUCAUCCACAUCGUAAUAACAUUUAAAAAUUAAUACUUUUUUUUCAGGAAGUUUAUUAUAGAUUUUUAUUAACAGGAUGAGAUCCGGAACUAUGUAUCUUCAAUUAGAGGUGGUUUGUAUAAGGUUGUUUUUAUGUAAUUUUUUAAAGAAAUUAGGGUACAGUUACAGGGUAGGCUACAGUUGUGUUUAUCAUACUUAGGUUUUUUUUGUUUAGAUUCGUGUUAUUGUUACAAGAAAAUAGGAGGGAAAACUCAUUCACGACCAUGACACAGGUUUCAUUUACGACUUUAGGUAGGAUGUAUAUGUAUACACAUUGAAAUUGUCUAGGGGUCAAGCGCAUUUUUGUCAAUUA